UUUGGAAUGCAUCCUCUGCAUUUGGUGCGGCUCUACAAGGAAAGUCUCCUUAACAAUCUUCAUUCGUAAAACGUCACGCGGAAGUGAUUCAUCGAUUCUCGUGCCAGAAAAUGCAAGUUUGCAAUUUGCCGCGGUGAGAAAAGUGAGUGUCGUUAUCUCGAAAGGUUCUUGAGCCCGGUGAAUGUCGUGAAAUUCCUCGAGUAGCGCUCACUGGGUGGGCAAUUGAUUUUCAAAGUGACCGUCGGGUGCGAACGAAUGAACGCCGCUGACGCUUCGGUACGAAUAGCAGACAACACUGCCAAAGUUAGAUCUAUUUGAAUACUGUCGAGUAAGAGUUUUGUGAAGCUACGUUAAAAAAAAAUAUAGUGCAAAGGUGUGUACCAGCAAACGGAAAAAGCGAGAAGAGCCGACCUUCGCUUUUAAUGAAAGAAGCGAAGGAGGCUAUACGCGUACAUACCGGUUCCGGACACUCUCUUUCUUUCUCUUUAUUUCCUCAAGCCAUACUUGAGGUAUUCCGCGCUUCUCGAGUUCUCCGUUACGACACCAGUAAGGUGUUACCCGGGUAAUAUCUGAAAUGGUGUCGCGAGAAAUACAGUUCUGCCGGUCGCGAAAUCGCGCAGUCGGGCCUUUACGUGACCUUGACGUACCCGUUACUCGAGCCACGAAUUCCGUGCCGCGUUUCGGUGUGGCUCCGAGUCGUACGCGACAAGAUAUCCUCCGAUGCGUACCGAAAAGGUGACGUUCCGCGGGUGACAUCUUCAAUGAUGUCAAAAAACGCCGAAAAGCUUUACCGCGAUGUUCAUUGUAUUUUUUCACCUGUGUGUACCAUCGGUGUAACAUUGACGAAUAAUCUUAUCGUGUAUCGUAAUCGGCUUCGUGAGUGCCGCCGGUAUGGCAUUACCCGGGUAAUGCCCGAGAUAAACUUCAUACCCUGUCCACAUUCGGUUCGGUAAAAAACACGAAAACUUGGACACGAUUGACUUCGGUUGACGCGCGCGCGACGCCUUUCGAGGGCGAUCUCUGAAUUUGGUUCGACUCAUUGAAAGUCCACGCGACCAACAUUUAUGGAUCGUGGAUCGAAGCGUACUACAAUUCUGGACAUGCAGAGAGUGGCGAUGGCCAGUCGACCCAAAGGACGAGUGGUACUGGUUCUUCUAGCGAUCUCAUGGCAAUUAGUCCAACGUAUUAUCAUCUUUAUGGGCAUUCUAUCAUGUAUUGAAAAUUAACGUGUUCACUGCUCUCGCAGGAGUUCGGAUCACCAGCUUUUCGCACCUCCCAUAUCUUUUAUUCUAACAUUUCUGUCAGGAAUGUCACGAGACUAUGAUAGGCGAAGAGGAGGUAGCGGUAGUGGUAGCAGUUCUAGUAAGUUACGGAUGGAUACUAAUGUAUCACAACCCAGACCGCAUGGUGAAAAUUCAGGGAAAAGGAGAGAAUUAGAUAGUGUAAUGCGGAAAGCUCGUGAAUCUCGGUCAAGUUAUUGGAAUAAGAAACUUUUGGAGGUAGAGGAACGAGAUCCAAAUAGAUGGAGACAUAGCGGAUAUAAGGAAUUGUAUGUUGGUGGCACAACAAGUGGAGAACCUAGCAGAGGACACCCUCGUAGCCCAAGAAGUCCUAGACCUCGUAGUCCCCACAUCCCAAGACCACGUAGUCCUCGAACUAGAAGUCCACAAUCACCGCGUGAUAGAUCACAUACGAGAGGAAGACCUACACGUAGUCCAAGCACAGGAAGUACUUGUUCUGACCGAUCGUGCAGUGUUUGUUCACCAAAGGAACGACGACGCAUUGCUCAGCCUUCUCGUUCGCGUUCAAGAUCACUCACACCAGUUCGAGCACGAGCACAUCCAAAAGAAGUAGUACCAUCAAGCUCACGAGUAAUACCAACUCGUAAUAGACCACGAUCACCUCCUUUACCACGUCCACGAACACCUCCACCAACACCACAGCCUCCACCACGUCAUCAAAAGGAUUAUAAAACAAUUAAAGAAAAAGAAACCAAGGUCCGGCGUAAAGAAAAACAUCAUGCUAGAAUUCCAGAAGAUCCACGGGUUCCAGAUCCCAUUCCAUUGAUGCGUAAACCUGUAAAGGUAGAAAAAACUCAUUCAAGUCAUGGAUCAACACAAAUGAUUAGGCCUCCUCCUGAAUCUUCACCUAGUGAAGACAGUGAUAGUUCUUCCACAACGUCACAUGUGGGUCCACCUAGAAUGACACUAUCAGAGCGAUUUGGUAAAAUGGCACAAUGGAGCGUAGAUCGUAGGGACAUGGAAAACAUGCGUAUCACAAAAGAUGGAGAAAACGCAAUGAAAGUAGUAAUAGAGGGUGAAGAAAGAAUUGCAAGAUUAGGAUAUGAUUCUCCACCACCAGGACAUUAUCCUGAGUCACUUUUAGCACAAGGACCAAGAGGUCUAGAAUGUUGGGAUGAUGUUCGUGUUAGAUAUGAUUAUUAUAAAGCAAGGGGAUAUCUUCGAGAUCUUACUUUAGAUGAUUAUAUAAAGUGGGAAGAAUGGUGGUAUAAAUAUCAAGAAUGGUUAGAAGCAGAACGUUUUUAUGAACAAUGGGCCUCUUCAAACCGUCCUUCCGGUGGAAGUCGAAAAAGACGUGGGCGACGUAAUAACACAGCUCAUUGAAAUUUCGUA